GAGAAAGCGUUUCGACAUGUCACUCCCAAAACAAACUCUGGGGGGCGCCAAAUCCCCACAUGAAUGCAUAACAAGUGUAAAAAGCCAAACAGUUUGCGUUAGCUUCGCUGACAUGACGUUAGCCUGAUGCUGAAUGUUUUCUCAUCCCAGCCGCAUCGCUCUCGGAGCUUGAGCGAACCAACAUUCUGACACUUUUCCCUCAGUCCACCGAGCACCUUCGCCACUCACGGCAGCCGGAUCCCUCCCGUGCGUCCCGACUGAUCAGGCCGGAUGAGAGAACUCUUCGGCUGACGUGACUGCCCGUCUCCGAGCGUAGCGGCUCCCACCUCGAAUCGUGAAAUGUGCUCCGUGAACACUUUCAAGAGGUCAACCGGAAGAACAUCUGCGGCUCGACUGCGUCGGACCUCGCUUCUGGGAAAACGCCGUGCGCUGCGGGAGGACGCCUGCCACAAGGAAUUGUUGCUGACCCCCGCGCAGUUCUGAGCAGGGCACUUGUGCCGAACGGGCGGCGGAGCAGAUCGGAGCACUCGCAAGGUGGUUUAUCGGACUGGCGCCGCCUCCCCCUGGGGCCGGCGUGCGCUCCCAGCAGCCCGUGGUGUCCUGCGCCCCGCCCUCGCCGUCACUGCCCGCCAGAGUCCAUGUGCCGGGAGGAGGUGCGGUUCGUCCGCCAGGAGCCAUGUGCCUCCCGCACACCAACAGCAUGGACAGCAAGCUGCAGUGGGCGGGGCCGGGGGGCGGCACACCACUUCGAUCACGAGGAGGAGGCGUUCCACUGGAGCCAUUUAUGCACCAGGUGGGCGGUCACACCAGCAUGAUGCGCUACGAUGACCACACGGUGUGCAAGCCACUGAUCAGCAGGGAGCAGCGCUUCUAUGAAUCUCUGCCUCCCGAGAUGAAGGAGUUCACCCCUGAGUACAAAGGCGUGGUGCUGGUGUGCUUCGAGGGCGACUCUGACGGCUACAUCAACCUCGUGGCGUACCCGUACGGCGAGAGCCACAACGCCGAGGCGGGGGCCUGCGAGCACGACGAGCGGGAGCCGGCCGAGCGGGAGCAGCCGCGGCGGAAGCACUCCCGCCGCAGCCUCCACCGCUCCUCCUCGUCCUCCGAGCACAGGGAGGAGCGUCGCGACGCGCCCCACGACCCGCCGCACGAUGCGGAGUCCAACGAGAACAACCUGGCCGAGCUGAAGAGUCCGCGCUUGGAGCCCAAGAUUCACCUGGACCUGCCCUUCCAGAUGCUGGACUGGAACAGCGGCCUGAGCUCGGAGAAGAUAAGCCACAACCCCUGGAGCCUCCGUUGCCACAAGCAGCAGCUCAGCCGCAUGCGCUCAGAGUCCAAGGACCGCAAGCUCUUCAAGUUCCUGUUGCUUGAAAACGUGGUCCACCACUUCUCAUACCCGUGCAUUCUGGACCUGAAAAUGGGCACCCGGCAGCACGGUGACGAUGCCUCCGAGGAGAAGGCAGCCAGGCAGAUGAAGAAGUGCGAGCAGAGCACCUCGGCGACACUGGGGGUGCGGCUGUGCGGCAUGCAGGUGUACCAGCUGAACACGGGCCACUACCUCUGCAGAAACAAGUACUACGGGCGCGGGCUGUCCACUGAGGGCUUCGGCCAGGCCCUGCAGCAGUACAUGCACAACGGGCGGGGCCUGAGGCGGGACCUCUUUGAGCCCAUCCUCCAUAAGCUGCACAGCCUCAAGGCGGUGCUGGAGCGCCAGGCGUCCUACCGCUUCUACUCGUCCUCGCUGCUCAUCAUCUACGAGGGGAUGAAAUCCGAAGCUCCCACAAGUGUCAACUCUGGCCAGCUCGUCGCCAGGCAGAAGACCCCGGAGGAGCCCCACUGCGGCAAUCCUGGUCCCGUCGCACCGCCGCCGCCUCCACCGGCAGCCGGCGACACCCCGCGUGCUGCGGACUCUCCGUCCCAUCCGGACUCCUCUUCCUGCUCUGCGCUCCCCUUGACCCCACUCCCACCGCCCCCCUCCGCCCCUUCACCCCAGCAGCAGCAACAGCCCCCCCUGGUAGACGUUCGCAUGAUCGACUUUGCCCACUCCACCUUCAAAGGUUUCCGCGGAGACACGGCAGUCCACGAUGGGCCCGACCGAGGCUACGUGCUGGGCCUGGAGAGUCUGAUCCAGAUCCUAGAGGGUCUGCAGGCGGAAAGCCACCAGUGAACACUCGAGUUUAACUAUGGUAGUUGAAGUAUCCCACCCCCCAACACACAUUCGCUCCCUUUGCAGUGUUGUCGUAGCAACACCUGUCCUCAAGCAAAACAGGAGGUAGGACAGUGAGCAAGUAGACAAACUCUUGCGGCUGAACACACAUUCGUCGACACUCAAGUGAUGCUGUUCUGUAUUUUAAAUGAGAAAUCCCUAGUUGAGAAUUUUCCGCCUAUGUAGAAGGGAAUGUGGCAAUGAAAAGUUUCCCACCUGACUCGGAGGCUGGGUUCUGCGCACGCUAGCAUUCUGCGUCUCCCGUUACGGCUCUGUUGCGACAUUUUGCUGCGUUGAAAGGAGCAGAAAAUGUUCUGCGUGUUUUGUUGAACCUGUACCGGCCUGGCAAUUUUCCGCCUUCAGGAUCAGUAGUGAGCGGAUCUGGGUAAAGGAGAAGUGUAAUGUAAAGUCUGACAACCAACAGUUAUUUCCCGGUAGUUGUAGUUAAAGGACGGCCCGGUUUAAUUUUUGGGUGCGGAUACAUUUGUGAUCUUCGGUUGCGAGUAGUCUGCCAUUUGUGUGUGGAAAAAGGCAACCGACUGGUAGAUUCACAGAUUUCCCCUCUUUCGCGGUCGUACCAGAGGUGAAAGGGCAGCUAUGUGAGAACGAGUAGCAGAAAAGCCGCACCAGGGAGGUGAAAUUUUAUAUCCCACACCUCUCCUGCUGGGGCUGAUGUCAUCCAAUCAUCUGAUUACGGGUUUGAAUGGCGGCCAUUUUGCAGGAUCGGAUCAGAAACGGAAUAGGGGGAAUCACGAAUUUACUGACUUUCAAAGUCCUACCCCAAGGUAGAGCAGCCAAUGCGUGCGGGAUGCCAUGUCGCGGCAAUAUCUCACCUCGGCUGAAUUCCGUGUGAAAGCCAAAGGCAGAUACGGUGUUGAAUUUUUUUGUUGCCACCCCAUCGUUCCCGUCUCGUAACAAUAGCUAAAAGCAAUAGCUUUUUUUUUUUUAUUUUUUGCCUUCUUGCUUUUUCAUCAGCAACAUGGCCUCCGCGGGCAACAAUGCGCAGGUGCACCCAAGGAGUCAACGUCACGGGUAGUUUCUGUGUUUUGUGCUCAGGAUGAAUAAUGUCACUAGUUUGUGUCAUUGAGAAACAUGAUGCGAAUGAUUCUUCCUCUCGUCACCUUUUCCAUUCUGCAUACACUUAAGUGCACUGGUGUAGUGUUCCCAACUGCUGGAUGUCAUUUUUUAUUUCCAGUGCAGCCAUUCACCUUCUCCGGUUCCUCCUUUUGCGAGCCUCUUUAAAAUGCCACCUAAUAUGUCGUGUUAUUGUUGACUGACGUUACAGCCACAUAAGCCCCGCUUGAAACGACGCACUUCCUAGUCCCUUGACAUCACCACGCACUCGUCUCCGGGACCAAUCAGAUGUGAGCAUUUGAGGGCAUUCAAGCACUUGGUGGCCCCCCCUUAAAAAGAGGGUGGGGGGGGCAUUUUUUUUUUUUUAUUUGAGGGGGUUUAUUGAGGCGAUAACUUAUUUUUUUAUUCUAGCUUUUACUUGUGUGAGUGAAUGUCUUUUACGUGUAUCUCCCAAAGUGUAAAAAAAAUAUAUAUCGAGAUAAUAUGCUCACAGAGUGGCGUUUCAGGGGAAUAUAUAGCUGUUAUUUUAUGAGUACUCUGACACUCCAUCCGAACACCAACUGUGUGUGUGUGUGUGUUUUGUAGUCUUGCAUCUUCUUUGUCCAACGGGAGUGGGCAACCUGUGGCCCGCUGCAGCAUUUGAUGCACAUAAAAAAAGUACAGAUGUUUAUUUUGGCCCUCAGAGGACUUUUUGAAAGGAACAAGGUUCCCCAAUCCUGCUUUCAGCCGUCGCAUGUACAGUCUGACAUACUAGACCCCCUCGAUUACCCCCUCCACCUCCAUGCACGCACACACACACACACACACACACACACGUUAUGAGUCAUGACUAUUGCUUGCAUUUAUUUUCUACAGCCGUCACAAACCCAAACAGUUUGGUAGAACAGUGACAGUGAGAUUAAAAUUUAACAGAUG